AUGGGACGCGGGCCACAAGCGGGCAGGGCGCCUCGGGCGCGUGGGGCGGGAACCGGGAGGCGAGAGGAGAGAGCCGGCCGGACGGGGAGAAGAGGCCCGAAGCUCGCUCGGGUGGGGGGAAAAGGCGAGAGGAGUGGCACGUGGCAAGGCGGGGCGCGGCGGGAUCGGAGGAGCAAGAGGGCCCGACGACCGGCCCGGGGGAACCGGGUCCAGGGCGAGCAGCGGGAGGCGGCCACGGCCGGGAGGAGCGGCCGGCGCCGGGAAGACGAGGGCGCGGCGAUCAACCAGGUAGGCGAGGUAGGUAGGCGAGACCGGCCGUGCCGGACGCGGGGCGCGCGAGACGCGAGCGGGGGCGCGGGCGCGGGCGCGGCGCGAGGGGAGGUGGCGGAGGGCGGAGCCGGCCACGAGGGCCCCCCCGCGCGCCGUCACCGCGGCGAGGGGGGCCGACCGCCACGGGCCCCGGGACCGGGGACGCAGACGGCGCACCGCGGCCGGCGCGGAGGGGCGAGGGCGCGCGCGGCCCCACCGCGGGCCCCCUCGGCGGCCCGGGGAGGCGGGACCGGGCCACCGGGCGGUCACGUCGAAGCCGGCCGACGCGCGCUCGCGCUCGCGCGGACAGGGGCUCGGGCCCGAGGCCCGGCCCCCCCGGGGGCGGCGCGGCGGCGGCGGCGGCCGGUCCACGACGGCCAGCCGGGGCCCGACUCGCGCUCGGGCGAGCGCGCCGGAGCGGGGCGCGGCGGCGGGGGACGACGGGCCCUCGCCCGCACGCGACGACGCCCGCGGGCGGGCGGGCGUGUGGCGGCGGCAGACACGGGGCGGCCCCGCGGCACCCAAGGCGCGCCGACCGGCCCUCUCCUCGGCACCCUCACGGGGGCCCAACGGCCACCCUCGCCCGACACCGCAGGGCCUCAGGACGGCCCACCCACCGCAAGGCUCUCCCGCCGCACGGGCCGGCGCUGCCCUGCCCCGCCCCGACGCGCACCCAAACAAACGUUCGCGCCGUGCCGGAGCACCCCACCUCCCCCCCGUCGGGUCCGACGACGCUUCACCCGGGGCCGCCUCCAGGGGAGGGACAGCACCCACAACGCGGUGAGGCCACGUUCUGGUCCCAGGACGGGGGGGGUCGGCGGGGGAAAGGCUCGGCGCGGGCGGCCAUCGGUCCUGGCAGGGCAGGGGAGGGCCGGCGGCGGCGACGAGGAGGGGCCGCUCGCGCGCAAGAGCGACGGCCGGCAGGGGUCGUGGGUGUGGUCGGGCACCAACCCAGGGAAGGGGAAAUCUCGAGACACGACCGCGCCGCCGGGGAAACCACCGCAGGAUCCCACCACCCCCACACGUGGGGGCGGCCCCGCGACGCCCAGGACGCCGGCCGGCCUCAGCCAACCCUCGGCGGUUCCUCCCACACCCCGGCCCCGUCCGCCGCCGGGACUCGCGCGCAGCAGGCUAACCCCCCCAUUCCAGAGGGUAGCCCCUUCCACUCGCUCACUCGUCCGUCUGCGUCUCGUCUGUCCGUCCACCACCACCACCCAGCUUCGUCUGGCUCGCCCCCAGGCCUCGCGGCCCGGGGAAACGCUGCCGAGCGAGGCGGCCCGACCCGUGGCCCACGCACCGCCACCGGUGGCUGCGUCUCGGGACCGGAACAGGUGGGGUGGCUCCUCGCGGCGCGGAGACUGGUGGGGGUGGCCCAAGUCGGGGUGGACCGCCUUCCCCCUCCCCCCACGGCACGCGCCGGGGAGGCCAAGCCCGCGCACACGCGCGCGCGCGCUCGCACGGCCCCGCGCCAGACGCCGGGCCCGGCCCGGCGGAACCCUCCCCCGACUCGGAGGGGGGAGGCGCGGGCCACAGCAGGCCAAGAACAGCACUCGGCCCCACCGCGGGGCCAGCGCAGCCCACACGCCAAAGCGACGGGGCCCUGCCCACACGCCGCGGCAGUCGCUCCCCGUGGAGAGCGACUGCACGCUCUGGAUGGAGGAGCGGCGGCUGGGGGUUCCGGUGCCCCCAAGGCUCCCCUCUCAGAUCGCUAGAGAAGGCUUUCUCACCGAGGGCGCAUCGCCCCCCACCCAGCGUGCCCCGUUCAGGCCUACGGAAGCCCGCCGACGUGUACGCCAGCGGUCGGCUGGGCAGGAGGGGUCUGCGGGUGAGGACUGA